GAAGUUUAUCUUAGCAAUGAAUGAGAGAAUUGCGCAAUUUUAGUUGUGAGUCUCUGUUUCGUGUUUUUGUGUUCCGUCUCUUUAUGUUUUAUUGUUUAAAAUCCAUUUUUGGGUCGUCAAUUCCCUUUCAAAUCGGUUUAAUGUGAAUUAUAAACAUUUAGUUUAUUGUGCCGACAUCAAAAGUCCAUCGAAACGGACCUAAAUUGUCAUAACUUUGACAAAUUUCACCAAAAUUUUGGAUUACAACAACAAUAACACUGGAUUAUCUACAAGACAGAUUUCCCACAGCAACAUUCCUUUCACACAAAAGUUCUUUUUAUUAUUUCAUUUUUUUCGUUGCUUUCGACCACAUCGUAACAGACAUUUAAAUGGCUUCGUCGCGAAAUGGUAAAGGAAUGGGAAUGAAAAUCCUAUGGAUACCUGGAAAGAAGCGCCAUGACAGAAAAGGAAUUUAUUCGUCCACUAACAAAGAAGUGAAUAAAAAUUAUUUACAACCCAAGAAAAAUCAAGUCUGGUCACUUGGAGGGACAGAACAACGGAAACUUAUUAACAUCGACGUGAACGAUGAUAUUGCAUCAAGUAGCACAUCAGCAGCACUUUCUGUUGCUUCACAAGCAACACAUAUUGUGAAUCCUAUUUGUAUUGCUGCUGGAGCUGCAGGAACUGGUGCUGCUCUCAAAGCAGAUGACAAUUCGAAUCUGGAUGAGAAUUCUGAUGACAAGGAGAAAAUCAUCGAUAAAGAAAUUCUUAAAAACGGUGAAGCAUGUAAUACUGAUAACAUCGACAUCGAGGUCGAUGAUCCUUCUUAUCACAAUGCUGCAACUAUGCGUUAUCGAAAGAAAACUGGGUCAAACAACACAGAUUUAGAUUCGAUUGAACAUUUAGAUUUCGAAGAUGAAGUGAAGAAAAAUGAAGUGCUCGAAGAUGAUAUUGAUUCAGUGUCAAUGCAACGCAUGAAAUCAGCAAAUGUAUCUGAAAGACGUCGUCGUUCGGCAAAGAAAAAGUAUAAAGAUCUUGAAAAAGAGAAGAAGAAUGAAGAGAAGAUUGUAGAUUGUCUGUAUCUUGGGCUGAUGUGCUGCGAUAUGCCUUGCGCAAUCCUAUAAGAAAUGUUGGUGCUUCAAAAUCGUCUCAAGAUUCCUCAAGCUAUUCUUAUUUUAUAAUUGAAAGUAUCUUCUUUCUUAUUUAUUUGUUUUUCUUUGCCAUUAGAAUAAGAUACGCAAAAAUCUCACAUUGAAUCAUUCCUUGUCACUUUUUGACAAAUAUUUGGCAGCUCUAAAAUAUUUAUUACUUUUAAGGUCCACUUUUUACAAUUUUUACUUGACAAAAGUUUAGGAGUAGUUGUUAUAAUUAGAACCUCUAUGCUGAGUGAGUCUCAAUGAAGCAUUAAAGUAUUUUUUAUAAUAAUUGACAUGUUAUUAACGUCCAUAAGCGAAUAAAAGAAAAUAAAAUGUAUUUUCUAUUUUUAAAAUUAAGAAUUUAAAAGUUUUAACGACUUUUCAAAUUUUGAACCUUCACGACGUUCACGUUACGAAAAAUUGAAAAGAAUUUUGAAUUCAAC